AUGGAUGAUCGAACUCUACGAGCUUACUUACGUAAUAACUCAGCAUGGAAUUUAGAUGAAAGUGCACCAGGACCACCGCCACCUCUACCACCAAUGGAUCAUUUUAAUGGUGCAUCGUUCGGUAAUGGUGAUAAAUUACUAAAUAGUAGUGUUCAUUUUCCGGCAGAAAUGAGAUCAGCAAAUCUUAACGAAAUGGUAUCAAGUAUAAUUGAUGAAAAUCCUGAAUAUCGUCAGAAUGGAAUGAUGUCAACAUUUUCUCAAUAUCCAUCGAUGAUGAUGCCAACAACAUGGUCAAAUGGUGAACAACCGAAUCAACAUAUGCAUUAUAUGCAGCAAGUCAAACAUAUUCCUCCUCGACAACCAAAAUUUGCUACUGCAACUAUAUCUGAAAGUGGCUAUCCACGUAAUAUUCCAGAUGUAUGUUCAAUCCGUCCAAAUCCUCCAAAAGAUCUUCAAGUUCUAGUUCGUAAAGGUGAUCAUACUGGUAUCAAUUCUCUUAUAACAAAUAUGUCAUUACAACAAUUUCGUCAGAUGAUCGGUUUGCAAUCUAGUGCAAGUUUAACAAUAAAUGAUCGACGAAUUUCAUCAUCAGUACAUCCAUCGGAUAAUCGACGUCCUUAUUCAUCAAUAAAUAAUAAUCCUACUCAACCUUUAUCUUCGUCAUCGUCAAGUUCCUCGUCGUCAAUACCAUCAUUAAAUCCUCGUCUUGCCAAUGCUUUUAAACAACGAUCACAAGAUACAAUAUUACAACAAAAUUAUCCGUCGUUUCCUAAUAAUGAUCGACAACAACAUUCUCCUAUGCAACCUAUUUCUUCUCACGACACAAUAUCAAUGAAUUUUACUGGUGCUAAUGGAACAUCAACAAUAAAUGACACUAAUUUAACAUCACCUGCAACAACAUAUCAAGACAUUAGACGAACGGGUGUUGCAAAUACAUUACAUAUUGCGAUUGAAAAAUGUUAUGAACAAUUGAAUUACAUUCGAGAUAGUUAUACAGAAACGGAAUCAAAAAUCGGUAUUCAAACAUUGCAUAAAUCUGCUUCGACAUCAUUAAUAAAUGAUAUAGCCACUUCGAAUUUUUCAACGUUAUCAAAUAAUCCAUCACGUGUUGAUCGAUUAAUUGCUGAAUAUAAUUAUGAAUAUAUUCGAAUCCUUCGUUUACAUGAACGUGUUAAAGAAACUGUAAAUAUGCAUGAUACAGAAGCAACACGACAGACGCUUGAUGAAUGGCUUAUUACUAUUAAUAAUGUGCAAGAUCGUCGGCGACAAGAAAUAGAUAAUGCAGCUGAAAAAUGUCGUUCAGGUGAACCACGGCUACCCGAUGAAAAAGAUGUUCUACAAUUAGCCGAAGCGUUGCGCAUAUUGCGUAUAACAACAAGAAAGAUUCGAACUGUUCUUUGGUAUUGGUUAUACUGGUCAACAAAUUCUACAGCAAAUAAAAUUCCAUUGAUUGCGCGUCAUCAAGAUGAACAAUUAAAUACAGCAGAAUUUCAUUCAAUGAAUCAAAAUGAUCAACAUUCAAAUUUUUAUCUAUUUUAUCCUUCAACUAAGAAUGACGAUGAAUCGAAAGCUACACUUGAAUCUGAUGAACAACAGCGAAAACUUUUAUUGAAAAAUUCAAUAUCAUCAAAUGAUAAUAAUAAAGAAAAUGAAUGUAACAAAUAA